CGCAAACCCUCAUCUCAUUCACCAAUACUAUCAUGCAAGAGACAUAGCAUUUAUUUUCCAUGCACUCCAUGGAUGGUGUUUUCGCCCUCCCUGAAGCAGCCAGAGCUGAUUGUCUCCGCUCUCUGGUGCAAUCUUGUGGCUGCACUUACGUUUCUCUGUGGCAAUAUGACUCCAAUUUAUCCAAUUUGUUCUUCUUAGAUGGUUUCUACGAUGCAACGAACAACCAACAAAGCUCUUCUUUAGGGAGUGUAGCUGAAAGGCUUUUACACCAAUAUCGGGCUUUAACGUUUGAUGUCAAUGAUCAUGAAUAUGUUCCUGGGGUCGUUUUCAGGAAUCAGCUUCCCUACAUAGAGCUGCAACUAUUGGAUCUUCUAAGACUGACUUCGACAGAAAUACAAACAAAAUUCUUUCAAGAAGCAGGGAUUGAGAUUGCUGUUUUCAUGGGGUGCAAAAACGGAGAAAUUGAGCUUGGGUUCUCCAACAUUUCUCAAGUUGACAUUCAGACAACACUUAAAAAUUUAUUUCCGCAAGAUUUCUAUAUACAUUCACAAUCAACAACUGAUCAAAAUCCACCUUUAUCAUCAUCAUCAUCAUCUUCUUCUUUCAUGUCAUUAUCCACGGGUAGGCCUGAUCAAUGUUCAUCUUCAUUAUUACUCAGUAGUAUUCCGGGAACUUCUCAGUACCACUUUCCUCAAACCCUUCCCACACAAACACAAACACAAACUCAAACUAGCCCACAGUACCAAGCAUUAGAUUUAGUUCCAGUCAUUCCAAGUUAUUUUCCCACACCAGAGGGUGAACAUGAAGCAAUAGUAAAAGCAUUUAUCAGUGUUAUGUCUUCUUCUUCAACUUCAACUUCUCAGCAGCAUCAACCCCACCAAAUUGUGCCUAAGUAUACUUCAGUGGUACAUCCAGGAGCUACCGCUUUCAAUAAAUGUAGACCAGAUACAUUGAACCCAAAUAUAACACCCCAAUUGGGAUCCAAUUUUCGCAGCCAAAGCCUACAGAAAAGAUCAUUUGAAUUCUUUAGAAACUUAAAUAAUUUAACGAGAAUGAGAGAACGCGUUACUCAACCUGCACCACGUCCCAUUAGUACCCAGCACCAGUACCAGCAGCAUACCAUAUCAGAGCGAAGAAGGCGUGAAAAACUCAAUGAGAAUUUUCAGGCACUUAGAACACUUCUUCCUCCAGGAACUAAGAAAAACAAAGCAACGAUCCUUACAACAGCAACGGAGACAAUGAGAUCAUUGAUGGAUGAAAUUGAAAAGCUUAACAUGAGAAAUCAGCAGUUGAUGACAGUUUUAUCAGUCAAAGAAGCUACAGCUACUAGUACUGAAGAAAACAAAGCUAAACCUAGCUCCUCAUAUGAAAGAUUGAAUGUUGGGGUCUCGCAUGUAUCGGAAUCAAGUUCAUCAGAAGAGCAAAUGGUGAACUUGCAAGUAACAGUGAGAGGAGAAAGUUGUCUAGUUGAUCUAUUGAUUCAGUUAUUGGAAUUCUUAGAAAGGGUUCAGAACGUAAACUUUGUUUCCAUGGACGCAAACAACCAUAUUACAGGAGAGACAGCCAUUAACCAAUUAACCUUCAGACUGAGGAUAAUUGAGGGCAUUGAAUGGGACGAGCAUGCCUUCGAGGAAGCAGUAAGAAGAGUGGCUGCUGACACAAUACAAUGGCAACCACUGGAGCAAUAAUAUAUAUCUGUAUAUCCACGCCAGAUGUUCAUGUUCAUGUUCAUGAUUAAUCUACCACUUUUUUUUAUGAAAUUAAUCUACCACUUGAUACACUUGAUAGAGAGAAUAUUUUGAGGAUUAUUAAUAGUAAGUUUUAAG